AUGCACUUCUCUCGUGCUUCCCUCGCCCUCCUAGCUACUGGCCUUGUCAGUGCGCAGCUACCGGACGUCCCGAGCUGCUCUCUGGACUGCUUCGUCUCUGCCCUCUCCGCUGAUGGAUGCUCAUCCUUAACCGAUUUCGCCUGCCACUGCCAGAAGUCUGAACUCGUUCCGAAUAUCACGCCUUGUGUGCAGAGCGCCUGCAACCUUGCCGACCAGUCUUCUGUCUCCGUUGCCGUCGUCUCCCAGUGCUCUGCCGCCGGUCACCCAAUCUCUGUGCCCCCGGUCAGCGCUGCCAGCACCACAGCCUCGGGGGCAACCACCACUACGGAAUCGUCAACCCAGACUGUGACUCAGACCACGACUGGCACCUCAUCCACUGGCUCUACUACCUCCUCGUCAGGGGUCUCUUCAACCCCAUCUUCCUCCUCGGCCUCGAGCUCACACCACUCCUCUAGCUCUGCGUCGACCACGCGCACCUUGACGAACACAGAAACAAGCUCUACUACCAGCGCCAGUGCUUCUGCAACUACCACUCUGUCCGGCAACGCUGGUUCCGACAAGGCCAAUGUGGCGGGUGUUGCUGCCGUGGCGGCCGCUGCUCUCUUCUUGCUGUAG